AUGUUGCCUCAAAAUAAGGACCAGGUGCUGCUACAGAACGCAGCGCCCCCGGGGCGCCCCCCGCAGGGCCUUUCACAACUUGUGGACUCCUCUCCCAGAAACCUACAGCCUCUCUCUCCGCACCCACCUUUCUCCUCUUCCACACAGUCCCAUCUCCUUUUCUCCCCUUCUCCACUGUCCCCUACUCCUGGCUUCCGUUUCUUCUCUUCUGAGUCAAAUUCUGACUUUGCUCCACAUCCCUAUUCCUCUUCUCUCCCAAGUUCCCCCACUUUCUUUCACCAGAGCUACCGCACUAUUGCCUUUCCACAGUCCUCCUCCCUCUCCAACCAAGAGCUGUACCCCUCUCCUCCUUUCACCUUUUCCUCCUCUCCUUCCCAGCUACACAACUCUCCCCUCUCAGGUUGUCACACUCCUUCCCGCCUGGAAAACCUACCUAGCUCCACGCUCACUUCUCCCAGCCUACCUUCUCCAGGAGUCCACUCUAACAAGAAGACAUGGCACUGGCCUCAGUACAGGGACACCGAGUCCCCUGGGGUGGUGGGAGGAUGCGUGGCAAGCGAGAGGGACCCUGCAGAGUUCAGGGACCCAGGGGCUCUGGCCCAGGCCCUGGUGGUCCACCUGGGGCACCGCCGCAUCGCGCACGACCUGCGGCUUCUGCUUCUGCAGCGCCUGUGGCUCGGCAAAACAGGCCAGGCCCCGGUUGUGGAGUAUCCCAUAUGCCUGGUGUGCCUGCGGCCUCGCGGUCCCUCCUGCCCCAUCCCCAAGUACAGAACUGGACCCCGGCUGCUUGCCUUCCCCCAACUACUGCCCUGUGCAGAGGGCCAGGAAUCUGGGCCACUCCGCAUAGGCAUUGGCUUUGGCCUCCGCCUGCCUCGGGGCCAGGCCAGGGCCUUGCAUCUGUUGCCAGAAAAAAGGCAGGGAGAAGCAAGGCUUCAGGGCGAGGCAACUCAGGGUCCUUCGUGUCAAGCACCAGCAGCCCAGACCCCAGCAGCUCAGCGGCCCAGAGCCCCAGCGGCUCAGACUCAAGCAAAUUCAGUCCCAGGCACACCCUCCCAGGCCGGGAGCCUCAGGUCUGCAGGCCUCCCACCUCCAAGAUCCACCCGGUAUUCGGGGCCUCUACCUCCUCAGGCACCAAAACAGGCCACUGCUUCCCUGAAGCCCAGGCUGCCUCCUGCCCCAAAGAGGCCUUCCUCUCCAGAGCCUGUUCUCCAAAAGUCACAAUCCUAG